AAUGUUUUGUAAAAGACGGAAAAGUAAAUAUUCCACUCUUCUUCCUUCCCCUCCCGUCGUCGCCUGCCUGGACUGGAACGGAACGGAACGGAAUCUUCUCGUCUCGUCUUCCACUCCACCGCCGGUCGUCGGGUUGGGAUUUGGAGUCAGAUCGCCCGCUCAGCGGGCUUCCUUCUUCUCCUGCCGACUCGACCCAGUAGGAGGCAACCGAGGAGGAGACCCGACAAAAGCUAAUUCCAACCGGAAACACAAUCUACAACCAGUUCCAGGAACACCCAAUAUGGCGGCAAACGUUGGGGAAUCAACAAGCGGCAGUGGCAGUGGCAGUGAUGCUGGGGGUAGCUUUGAGUGCAACAUAUGCUUUGAGCUGCCACAGGAGCCGAUUGUAACGCUCUGUGGGCACCUCUUCUGCUGGCCAUGCCUUUACAAGUGGCUGCACAUCCACUCGCACUCGCCUGAGUGCCCAGUGUGCAAGGCUGUUGUCGAGGAGGAUAAACUUGUACCCCUCUAUGGCCGUGGCAAGGACCGUGUCGAUCCAAGGUCAAAGAAUGUCCCUGGGGCUGAAAUUCCCAACCGGCCAGCUGGACAGAGGCCUGCCACAGCUCCACAGGCCGAUCCUAACAACCACUUCCCCAAUGCCAAUCCAAACCCAUGGUUCAUGGGUGGAGGAGGCAUCCCGCUGGCCAAUGCACGGUGGGGGAAUUACACGUUCUCAGCUGCGUUUGGAGGUCUUUUCCCGCUGCUUAGCUUCCAGGUGCAUGGGUUCCCAGAUGCAACAGCCUAUGGGCAGCCAGCUGGGUUUCCUUACGGAUAUGGGCACGGGCAUGGCCACGGGCAUGCAUUUCAUGGCGGCCACGCUGGGCAUGCUCAUGCUGCUCCCCGGCACGGGCCUCCUGGGCAACAACAGCAAGCAGAUGUCUACCUGAAGGCGCUGCUCAUCCUGGUUGGUUUUCUUGUGAUUGCAAGCCUCAUCAGUUUCUAGGUUUGCUGGUGUGAUAUUGCCUUGGUUGCACGUAAUAAGAACGACAGUUGCCGUGGUAAUACUUUAUGAUGUUGUGUACCUUACCUUGCCUCCAUAGACGACCAAAUCUGAAUUGAGUGGUGCAUAUGCAUGAAGAUUCCUGUAUAUACUUUUUGGGUGUGGUCAUUGGAGCAUCUACAUACUGAAGUUUGAUGAUACAUGAAUAAUUUGAAAGCUCUGUUUGAAUGAA